GCAACGCACGCGCACAUGCACGCACGCACACAAAGAGAGUCGGAGAGCUGGCGCGCGCAUGGCGAGAAUGACGGAGCGCUGCAGGACGCGCUCGAGCCACGACUGAUCCACGCUCGGGCAGGUGAGCGGCUGUGACGGUUGUGAUUCGGCGCGCGCCGUUGUCUGUGAUGUUGACCUUGUCGUAGCUCCUACAGACUGCUCUGCACAGAUUGUCAAGGUGCAGCAUCAGGUGAUUAGAAAGCCACCUGCAGAAGACCGAUCCCAUGUUCCCUAAGGUUUUCCUGCAGUGGUAUGCGGCAUUUUCCUCUUGUGCAGCCAAAUUAGGUAGAAAAAAGCUCUUCAUAACCAUGGUGAUGGACAGUAAGGAGGCUAAGCGUGACGUGCGUGUAGAAGUAACCCUAUCUGAAGGCCCAGACCGGCGGCGGCCGGGUAAAUUCCAGCCGUUUCGCCGCCUGUUUGGGAGGAAAAGGAGGAGGGAGACGGAGCGUGGGUUUGAGGAAUCCAAACUUAAAACCAGCCACUCCACCGGUGAUGUGAGCAAUGGGGUGGCCUCUGGCCUGGAGGAGUCCAAUCAGCAUCUAAGAGAACUAAAUCCCCUAGGGUCUCGAGCUUUUUCACACGAGAGCAUCUUCAUCCCUGAGGACUCUGUAGAGAAGUCGUGCUCAGAACUGACCAUGUCUCAAGAGAACGUCUCAGACAAAGUCAGGAACUUGCAAAGGCAGAUAGCUCAUAAUAUAAAGUUUGGCCAGAAACCUUCCUCACUACGAAAAAGUGAAGGAGGUGAAGGAAGCUCGGAUGAGGAAGAGGUACAAAGAAGUCCUCUACAAGUCCUAGCACAAGUGGAGCCAGAGAAACCGGACUUCGAAACCAGGGAAAAGGUUUCUUCAUCUACCCAAGAUGUGGUUCAAUAUAAGACUCCUGUGAAGUCACCACGCACAAAGCGGCCUCCCCCCCCUGGAACGAUUGAAUCGAUUAACCUGGAUGCUGUUCCCCAGUCUGCUCCACGCUUGGACAACACUGCUGCCAAACAUAAACUGUCUGUCAAACCCAAAAACCAGCGAGUGUCACGCAAGCAUCGCAGAUUCACACAGGAGUUUCUGGAGGUGGAUAUUGAAGCAGCUCUACCAGAAGAGACAGAUGUGCAGACCUUUAGAGAAGAAACCGGUGUUUGGAGAGAAGGGCAUGUAAGAAGUCACUGGACCAGAGACGAUCAAGAGCUUCCUGAAAAGUCAAAGAAGCAGAGACUUCAUGAAGGAGAACAGGAGCGUUUGGAGUUCCAAAGAAUCCAGGACCAAGAGAAAAUGAGAAAAAGAGAAGAAGAAAGACGAGCUGAGGAACUGAGACUAGAACAGCAGAUGAUGCGCAGAAAACAGGAAGAAUGCCAGCGAAGGGAGGAAGAGGAGCAAAGGCAGCGUGAAGAGAAACGAAGGAAGGAAGAGGAUGAAAGGAGAAAGAGGGAAGAUGAGCAGUGUUUGAGGGAGGUGGAAGAAAGGAAGAGAUGUGAGGAAGAAGAGAGACAAAAGAGAGAAGAGGAGAGAAGGAGAGCAGAGGAAAAAGAAGAGAGCAGGAACAUAGCGGAGCGCAUUCGACUGAAGGAGGAGAGGAGAAUGAAAGAAUUGGACGAGCAGAAACAAGAGGAGGAGGAAGAGUCAGAAAAACUAAGGCUUUGGGAGUUAAAGGAAAAGCAGCGCAGAGAAGAAGAAGCUUGCCGUUAUGAGGAACAAAGAAUGCAACAAGAGGAAGAGGAGGCUGAGAUGAAAAGAUUAACUGAUGAAAAGAAAAGGAAGGAGGAGGAUAAAAUAAAGAGGCAUCAAGAAGAGAUAAGAGCUGCUGAGGAGCAUUCCUUAUCCUCUGAUCCAGAGUGGAAGAGAAAAGCAGAGGAGCUACGAUGGAGGGAAAUGGAAGAGAGGCAAAGACCUUUCACCUUCAAAGUAUCCUCGGGUGAAAAGCAAAUCCUAUUUCAGAAGGUCAAUCUAACGCCGGUUACCCCAGUACCUGCUCAGCAGGGUGAAACAGCUGCUGAAAUCAUUGCAGGACUUCCUGACUCACCAACUUUAUCUUCAUCCCUGUAUGUUCCUCACACUGCUAUACUGGUGACUGGAGCGCAGCUGUGUGGUACGGCAGUAAACCUGGAUCAGAUAAAAGACACAGCCUGUAAGUCUCUGCUUGGUCUCUCUGAGGACAAAAAAGCUUUUGGGACACCAGCAGGGAAAAACAAAACCUCACCCGAUCGCAAAUCCGGAAAAACCAAAUCUUUAAACGAAUCUUCUUUAUCUGCAGACCAGACUAGUGCUGCUGUUCUGGCAGAGUGGGCCAGUAUACGAUCCAAGAUUUUUAAAGGUGGGUUAGAUGCAAAAUACCAGGACACCCCAGACAGUGAGGUGCAGAGCAGAACAAAAAGUGAAGACAUAAAUGAGCCACCAUUCUCCCACACCAAUCUCAGGAAGACCAUGUCAGCAAGUGCUAAGUUUUCUAUUACUCCAGCCAGAAAAAAGUUUCCUGACUCAAAUAGAAAUUCUGAGGUCUUCAAUCAAGAAGAGCCAGAAGGAGGUCAGGGGGAAUUCCCAUCUCCAGAACCUGCUUCUACCCAGCAUCUUCGUUCACCUUCCACUGCCAGCAAAGGUCAAAAUAAGGCAGGGAAGUUUGUUCGUAUCUCUGACAGUACAGAAGAAUGCAAGUUUGCCAAAGACCUCCCCUCCUUCCUGGUCCCGAGUUCGCCACAUGGAUCCCUGAAAUCUCCAAUGUCUGAAACAGGACUCCUGAGCCCAGUGGACCCAGAGAACUCAAAGAAUUAUGGGGAACCAAGAGACCAAUGUGGUGAUGAGAGGCCCUCACCAUUUGGUAUCAAGCUAAGGAGGACCAACUACUCCCUUCGUUUUCACAGCGAGCAAUCUACUGAGAAGAGGAAGAAAAGAUAUAGUGCAGGGGACAGUUUUGAAGGAGUACCAGUUCCCCUUACAUCUACUGACCAACACUCUGACUCUUCUGCAAUCUCUGAGAAGACCAGUGUCAUAACUCCGCUUAGAGAGAGUGGAAACAAAUUCCAAGGAGUACCGAGUGUAGAGUCACGCACCAGGUCUGGUAGAAAUGCUUCCUCUUCAGCAUGUGACAGACUCAACUCUAAACCCCCAAUUUAUCAGAAACCAACGACAUUUCACAAACCAUCUGAUGGCGCCACACCUCCACCUUCUCCCCUACCUAAACCGAGUAGAAAGACUUCUGGGGACAUGCUCUCCCCAAGAUCACAUGGGCCAGAAUUUGUAGCUUCUGAAGAGCGUACCGAUCAAAAGUCAGAGCCAUCGGAAUCCAUGCAGUGUCAGAAAACUGGUCAGGGGGAUGAUGAGCCAAAAGAAAAGAAGUCCUUUUUUCCAUCCAUUAGCAUCCCAUGGAGGGAGAAAACAGACCGGAGGGCUGAACUCAUAAGAAAAGAAAAACCUUCACUGCAGAGCAGGCAUUCUUUGGACAGCUCACGGACACAGGAAAAAGAGACAGGACCAUUAUGGAUCACUCUGGCAUUGCAGAAGCAGAAGGGAUUUCGAGAACAGCAGCAAAGCAGAGAGGAAAGGAAGAACCAGAGAGAAGCAAAGCUGGCUGAGAAACAAGCCAGGGACAGAGAAAGUGCUGGAAUAGUGAGUCCUACAGAGGGUAAGGGGAAUGGAAACUCCGGUACUCCUAAGGCACAAACUCCAGAGGAGAACAAGAGACCAGACACUUUACUGACUCGCUUUGAACGUCGUGACAACUUAAAGAAAGCCAACACCCUGCCCACUUCUGUUACAGUUGAGAUAGCGGACUCAACCCCAUCACCCCCAGCAGCAAAGGAUAUAACAAAGCGCUUCCCACCGAGUGACACUCCACAGGUUUCCACUGAACCAGCAUGGCUUGCUCUUGCCAAGCGUAAGGCCAAAGCCUGGAGUGACUGUCCACAGAUCAUCAAGUGAUAUGCUACUUUUGACUAUUUUAACAAACCAAAAGAAGAAAAAAAAAAAAAAAAAAGAGAGAAGGGAAUCAAGCUUCUAUUCAGCUGUGUCAUUUACAGGGCAUUUCACCAUUCUUGUGACCUUUCAAAAAAUACCAUAUUUAUUACCCAACACUUCUCAUUUGUUUUUUUUGUGGUGCCAUUUUCACCUCACCGCACAGGUAGCAAGAAGCACGGAUUAACCAUAAGUAAAAGAUCAACACACUUGUAACAGUAUGUAAAAUGGUCCAGAACGACGUGUUCAAAUGUACCGUUGUCCGAAAUUCAAUUUAGGAUUCGAGGGACAGAUAUGAAAAGCGAAGCAAAGUUUUCAAUCUAACUUGAGGAUUGUUUUUACUUUGUAUUUUUUGCAUUGAAUUAAAAAAAAAUCAAGUCAGAACCAGGGAGAUCUAAACCCAGCAGAUAUAUAGCUAGCAAACCAUUUGUCCGAAUAUAUGAGGCAUGCGUAGUAUACGAUGAAAUCUUACUAGAACACAUCUAGAAAUCUUACAGAACUCCGUUGCACAGUAGGUGUUUACAGAACUUACUCACUUCACCCCUGAUCUGCAUGAGAACUUCAGAACUGGUUACUGUUUUUGUAUUUUCUUUUUUAGUCUAGACACUAGUCAAAACAACAACAAACAUCAAAUUGCCUGAACACAUAUUGACAUAUAUGGACAUAUUCUUUAACAAAAAAAAGAUUUGGGGUGUGGGAAUAUUAACUUUUGCUUUUUCAGCCAAGAUUUUCACUGUGUGACAAAUGACUGCUGUCAAUUAAAGCGGUCACUGAUACAUUAACUUACCGAUGACAGUCACUGUGUUUACUUAUGUAAAUAACUUACACAGUAAAUGUUCUUAACGACGCUUCCACCAUAUUGAAUCCAUCCCCACGGAAAUCCGUUCACCGAUUGUUACUCAGCUACCUGCUUCUUGCAGUGUUUAUGCCCUCCAGUUUCUUUGGAAAUAGCUGUCUGGAUCACAGAUUGCUUGCUUGCUGUAAUAGAGACACUGUUAUCCUAUAGCUUGUCUUAGCUCUUCUUGUAUUAGACAUUACAAAACAAGUCAGUGGGAAAUCAGUGCUUAAAAAAAAAAACAUCCUGCUUGGUGGGGGAUUAACCAAUGCCCUUAUUCUCAGAAAUAAAAAAAAAGCUUGGAAGUAACAAUUAGAAACACCAAGCCCCUCUCCUUAACGUAACGAUUUUGUAUGUAAUGUAUGUAGGUAUCUAUGUACAGAGGUGGACUGAACUGCACUGUGUUCCUUUACAGAUCUGUCGCUUCGUUUUUAAUUUGGUCGUGUGCAAUCGUGUAGUGUCAAAACGCUGUUGUAUGUAACAUUGAAAUAAAAGCGGUUUGUUGGUAA